AUGCAAGACAAGGGGAUAAAGUCAAAUGUUAUCUCUUUUGGUUCGGUUGUCAAGGCUUUUUGCAAGAAAGGAAAAAUCCCAGAAGCUGUAGCUAUCUUGGAUGAUAUGAUACACAAAGAUGUUGUACCAAAUGCACAGGUGUACAACUCAAUCAUUGAUACUUAUAUAGAGUCAGGUGACACUGAGCAGGCUUUCCUUCUGGUUGAGAAGAUGAAAAAUAGUGGAGUAUCUGCAAGUAUAUUUACCUAUAAUUUGCUGCUAAAAGGUCUUUGCAAAAAUUCACAAAUAGAUGAAGCUGAAGAAUUGAUUUGCAACUUAACAAAUCAAGGGCUGAGACCUGACGUUGUUAGCUACAAUACUAUAAUAUCAGCAUGCUGCAACAAGGGCGAUACUGAUAGAGCAUUGGAGCUUCUCCAAGAAAUGCACAAGUAUGGCAUCAGACCUACACUGAGAACAUACCAUCCACUUCUUAGUGCAUUGGGUAGUGCAGGGAGAGUUCAUGAUAUGGAAUGCCUGUAUCAGCAAAUGUUGCACAAGAAUGUUGAACCUAGUAGUAGCAUAUAUGGCAUCAUGGUCGAUACCUAUGCGAGAUGUGAAAAUGAAUCAAAGGUAGCAUCUCUGAAGAAGGAAAUGUCAGAGAAAGGAAUAGCCUUUGAUGACAUGGAAAGAACUAACCAUGAGCUAGAUAGGAUAAUAUCUAGUCCAAUUUGA